AAACUCUGAGAAGUGAUCAUCAUGGCGGAAAUCAACAUACUCAGCAAGAUAUCUGACGACUUUCUGGAGUGUGCGAUCUGCCUGGAACCCUUCAAGGGCCCCAAAAUCCUGCCGUGUCUUCACACCUUCUGUAAGGGAUGUCUGGAGAAGUGUGUUACACAGCAAGGGAAGGAACAGUUUCCGUGUCCAACAUGUCGGAGUGAGACCAUGCUUCCAGAAGGGGGCGUCGCUGGGUUCAAAGACAACUUCUUCAUCGUGAGCUUGAGUGACACCAUUCGGUCUCACAAGAGUUUGCUUAGCAAGGGAAACGACAAAGUGUCAUGUGACCUCUGCGAUGAAGGACUGGCCGUACAAGGCUGUGUCGUCUGUGAGGAGUUCUUGUGCGAGGAAUGUUCUCGCGCCCACCGCCGCUACAAGCACACACGCGACCACGAAGUCGUCAACAUGGCAAAGCUGAAAGAGCAGCUGAUCACCAAGAUGAGGUCGUUCAAGUCGAGUUCGCUUCCAGUAUGUCCGAAACACCGGGACGAGAAGCUGAAGUUUUACUGUGAGCAGUGCAAGCACCCCAUCUGUCGAGACUGCACGGUACUGCAGCACAAGGAUCACAAGUAUGGCUGCUUAGCAGACGCCGUGGGGGAUGUGCGGGCAGAUAUUGAAGAUAGACUGGAAGCCGCCAUGCAGAAAAUCAUUGAAAAUCAAGACGUCGAAAGUAUGAUUACAUGGAAGCAAUUGGAACUAGAGGACAACAGCAAAAAAGCUGCAGAAGACAUAGAUACCGCAACAGAGGAAGCAAUCAAGUAUUUGAGACGCAAGCAGGUUGAACUGAAAGACAAGUUAGCGACCGUGACAACCGACCGUUCCAAGCUGCUCUCUGCUGCAGCGGACAGUGUUGAGAGCACCUUACUAGUAGGCUGUCUGUCGAGCGCGGUGGACUUCUCGCGGAAAAUAGUAGAACACGGUAGCGACUUUGAUGUCAUGAACGUUCACUCGGACAUCACAGUACGCCUCGAUCCUCUGCUGAAAGGUCUGACCCCAAACAUCCCUAACUGCAUCAGCAAUGUCGCGUUCAAUCCUAGGAGCAAGGAUAAGGAAAGCAAGGAAAAAGAAGAAGACAUUAUUGGCGACAUUGUCUUCGAAGAAAUGCAUGAUGGAAAAUUGGAAGGAGAAGAGAAAGGGGCGCAAGCCGUGGGAACCUAUCGUGUUACGAGCUUUGCAGGCUGGCUUACCCGAGGAUGGGUUCCGAUGAAUUGGAGGGGAUCGACGAAGUAGAGGACGUUUACAAGUUACGGUCAAGGUUGAAGAGGUUUACAAAUUUUACAAGGCUUAAUUCACCUUGAGUAUUCACCUUGAGAGACAGCCAGUAGGUACCCGUUAGAGUAAUGAGGCUGUACAUAGUUAAAAGCUCUAUUUAUAUUAAUAUUAUGGUAGAACUGACUCACUGGGACAUGCGGCUUUCUGACAUCACUAAAUACUAUCAGUCACAUAUUUGUCAGCACAGCAUAGUUUCAAAUGGUGGGAGAGCACAGAACUAUGACAGAUUUAUGUAAAACAAGCAAGAACUUGACUUUGGAGUAUAUUUAACAUAGUAUGAUAUAGUAGGCUUCUCAAACUCUCCUAGAAAGUUAAACAUUAUGUUGUGGCAGUUUUUUUAUUAAAGUGAUUGA